UUAGGGCAACAUGUAUCGAAUAUUGAUAUUUUGUUUAUUCAUUUCAAAUGUUUUCUGUCAGGAUAAAGAGUAUAGAACUGUGGUGGUGGAACAAGGGCCGGUGGAGGGGGAAAAAUAUUGGGGAGGGGAUUUCUUCCAAUUCUAUGGUAUCCCUUACGCGACUGUUCCAAAAGGAAAGGAUCGGUAUAAGGCUCCAUUACCACCAACGCCAUGGAAGGAUGUUUUCAUAGCCGACAACGAGAGGAUAGCAUGCCACCAAACAUACUACACCGGAGAAGACACUGAAGAAAUAUACCUCGCUGGUCAAGAAGACUGUCUCACUCUCAACCUGAUGGUCCCUAGGAUCGCCAACGAAACUAAUCUAGUCCCUGUCAUGGUCUACGUACACAGUGGAGCGUUUUCGGGUGGAAAUGGGAACAUGGCAAAGUUUUACUACCUCGCUCGACGUGACAUUAUAGUUAUAGGCUUCAACUUCCGCCUAGGAGCCCUGGGCUUUGCCUGCCUUGGUAAUGAAGAAAUACCCGGAAAUGCUGGAAUGAAAGAUGCUGUAGCUGCUUUAAAAUGGAUUAAGAAGAACGUGCAGAAAUUUGGUGGGAACCCGGAUAAGAUAACGCUUGCAGGGUUCAGUGUUGGUGCUGCUAUGGCCGAGUUGCUAGUCCUAUCCAAAUCUACUGAAGGUCUAGUACACCAACUUGUAUUAGAAAGUGGAUCCGCGCUGUCUCCUUAUUCUAUCAACAGAGAUCCUAUAAGCACUGCUACCAAUAUUGCCAUAUCUCUUGGCUACAACGGAACUACACUUAAAGAAUUAACCGAAUUUUACUUAAAUGCCAAAUCUGAUCUUCUUGCCGCAAAAAGUCUUAACUUCUUCCUUACUAACAGCACAUUUGGAUACGCUCCAUGCAUCGAGAAUGUGUUUGAAAAUAGCCAGCCUUUCUUAACAGAAUCACCUCUUGAUAUAAUGAAGAGAGGAGAUUACCCUAAACUGCCAGUGUUAACGGGCUUCGCAAAUAUGGAAGGAUUAAGUAGAACGUUGAAAUUCGACCAAUGGAGUGACAUGAUGAAUGCAAAUUUUGCUGAUUUCCUACCCGCUGAUUUGGUCUUUGACAACGAAAAAACUAAAAAUGACGUCAUAAAAAAAAUCAAAGAGAUUUACUUUAAAAAUGAAGAAGUAACCCAUGAUAAUGUACAGGGUUAUAUUGACUACUUUUCUGAUAGCAUGUUUAAGUAUUCAAUUCUGAAAUCUGCGAAACUGCAUGCGGCAAGAUCGUUGCCUGUUUUUUUCUAUGAGUUUGCUUUUGUGGGUACUAUGGGUAUGAAACAUAACUUCAUGGACAGAAUCCAUGGAGCGAGCCAUAGAGACCAGAGUUCUUACAUUUUGGAUUUCUACUCUUACACAAGUGAUGUUAAGGACUUGUUCAUGAGAGACCGAUUGACCUGGAUGUGGACAGACUUCGUAAAGUACGGACACCCAACAGAGUAUGAAAGUGAUUUAGUCAACUACACAUGGCUCCCAUACACAGAAGAAGAACCCAACUAUCUCCACAUCGACAUGAAGACAGAAAUGAGAAAGAACGUUUUCUCAGAAGGAUAUAAGUUUUGGGACGCAAUUUAUGGGAAAUAUCACUGGAUGCCGCAAGCUCCGAAACCGACGAAGAUAUAAAGCACAUAGCAGAGAAACAUUGCUGCCAUUUCUCAUGCGAAGUUAAAGAUAAGUUACUUUUACGUUACUUAAGAAAUAAUAAACACUUGAAUAAUAA